UAUGGAUAAUUCUAAUGAUUGCAUAGGCAAUAUCUAUAUAGAUGACCCCCACCUUAUAGAUGACAAUAUCUAUAUGGAUAAUUCCUCUAUAGAAGUAGACAACUCUCAUGAAGAUUCCUAUGUUAAUGAACCUGAUAACCUGGAAACAG